CGCGCUCCCCCCGCCCCGCCGCGUCCUGCCAGGUCCCGUCCCGCAGCGUCUGGCCGGCGUGCUCUCCGGCACCGAGGCGCCCUGCGGUCCUUCCCGCGCAGCCAUGGCUCAGCACUUCUCCCUGGCCGCCUGCGACGUGGUCGGCUUCGACCUGGACCACACUCUGUGUCGCUACAACCUGCCCGAGAGCGCCCCGCUCAUUUAUGAUAGCUUUGCUCAGUUCCUGGUCAAGGAGAAAGGGUAUGACAAGGAAUUGCUCACUGUGACUCCAGAGGACUGGGAUUUCUGUUGCAAGGGAUUGGCCUUGGAUCUGGAAGAUGGAAACUUCAUUAAACUUGCAGAUAAUGGCACCGUCCUCAGGGCUAGCCACGGCACCAGGAUGCUGGCCCCCGAGGAGCUGGCCAAGGAGUACGGCGGGAGGGAGUGGAAGUACUUCAUGUCUGACACUGGGAUGGCUUUCCGAUCAGGAAAGUAUUAUUUUUAUGAUAACUACUUUGACCUGCCAGGAGCUCUUCUGUGUGCCAGAGUGGUGGACUCUUUAACAAAGAAGAACAAUGGUCAGAAAACAUUUGAUUUUUGGAAGGAUAUAGUUGCUGGUAUUCAACACAAUUAUAAGAUGUCAGCUUUUAGGGAAAACUGUGGGAUAUAUUUUCCAGAAAUAAAAAGAGAUCCCGGCAAGUAUUUACACAGUUGUCCUGAAUCUGUAAAAAAAUGGCUUCGACAGCUGAAGAAUGCUGGGAAAAUUCUUGUAUUAAUCACCAGUUCUCACAGUGAUUACUGUAGACUUCUCUGCAACCAUAUCCUGGGGAAUGAUUUUGCAGAUCUUUUUGACAUUGUGAUUACAAAUGCAUUGAAGCCUGGUUUCUUCUCCCAUUUACCAAGUCAAAGACCUUUCCGGACACUUGAGAAUGACGUGGAGCAGGAAGCCCUGCUGUCUCUGGAGAAACCUGGCUGGUACUCCCAGGGGAACGCUGUCCACCUUUAUGACCUGCUGAAGAAAAUGACUGGAAAGCCUGAGCCCCAGGUUGUGUACUUUGGUGACAGCAUGCAUUCAGAUAUUUUCCCAGCCCGUCAUUACAGCAAUUGGGAGACAGUCCUCAUCCUGGAAGAGCUCAAAGGGGACAGAGACUGGAAGCCUGAGGAAUCAGAGCCCCUAGAGAAGAAAGGAAAAUAUGAGGGACAGAAGGGAAAGCCUCUAUAUUCAUUAUCUAAAAAAUGGGGCUCUUUUUUUACUGAUUCCAUUUCGGGACUGGAAAAUACAGAAGACUCUUUGGUUUCUACGUGGUCCUGUAAGAGAAUCAGUACUUACAGCACUAUUGCAAUUCCAAGUAUUGAAGCAAUAGCAGAAUUACCCCUGGACUACAAAUUUACAAGAUUCUCUUCAAACAAUUCAAAAACAGCUGGCUACUAUCCAAACCCUCCAUUGGCCUUAUCAAGUUUUGAAACAUUGACAAACAAAUAACUUAUCUUUACUGAAAUAUGAAGUGAAGAACCACAUAUGCAGCAAAUGUACUGUAAAACAAAUACUGUAAAAUGCUUUAUAGGAACAGAUUCUUAAUGAAAAUUGAUCAAGAAAUUGAUGUUUUUCCAUAGUUCCUCUUUCUACAGAUGUCCAACGACUCUCAUAUCAAAAUCUCAGUGUCUUUGAACUAAAAAGAACUUUACUAACAUUUUGCAUACCAAUAGUCCUGAGAUGAGAAUUCACCUGGGGACGCACAUACACACACAUAUUUACACCUAUGCCUAAGCCAAUGGCUCUCAAAGUGUGGUCUCUAACCACUAGCAUAGCAUCACCUGAGAAUAUGACAGAAAUGCAGAUUUGUAGGCCCCACCCCAGACCUACAGAAUUAGAACUCUGGAGGUGGGACCCGGCAGUCUGUGUGUCAUAAUAUUGUGAUUCACAUUCAGGUUUGAGACCCACUGGCUGGGCCAUCACCUCUAGGGACUGGUUUGUUUAGUCUGGGUAUGUAGAUGGACAUGGACAUCUUUUAGAUGCCCCAGGAAAAGGCGGCCAGGAUUGGGACAACUGACCUACACCUCCUGCAGUUUACCCAAGGACACUGAGUCUCGUAAGAUUAAUGGUUUUUCCAAGCUACUAGGUUUUGUGCUGUUCUUUUGUUUUCCAAAGCUAGGAAUAGAGACAUGAUUUCUUCUGAUACCAUGCAGCCAGGAUGGGACAGAGAUGAUACCAGAAACCAACUAUUUCAACCUCCAAUGUUAUCUAUUAGGGUUCACCCUUCUCUCCCCAAUAAUGUUAAAGGUUGUCUAAUUCAUUUUCAUUCACUUUAAAACAUGUAUUCUCAAAAGGAAAAGAAAUUGGUUCCUAGGGUGAAAAAAAUAAGAUAAUGCAAAUGGAAUAUAGCCCUCCAAAGCUAAGCAUUACCCACUAAAAUCUUAUUCCUUAGUAUUUUUAUCAUUAAGGAGGAACAUAAUUUAAAGUUAAAUUUAUUAAACUUAAUUUGAGUUUAAUUUUUUCCUUGGGAGAGGGGGGUGAUAAUGGGGGGGAAAAAGGUCGAGAAAAACUGCUUCAAGAGGGUGUAUGGUUAUGUGACAAUCCCACAUUAUUGUGUUCUAUGUGCUGUGCAUAGUCAUAUUAGUAGCUAUUUGUUACAAGAUGUUUGGAGCCAGAUAAUGUUUACAGUAUAAAUCCUGGCUGCUCUUUAUGUUGUAAUUUCACUCUCUCCACCAUGAGCAGUAACAGAAAACACUCGUCACCAUCGUUAUUUUACUUGGACUAUAGUAGAGAAUUUAGCAUAUUAAUGCAUACAGUGGAAAGAUAUUUAAAAUAUUUUAAAUGCUCAAAAAUAAUCCCAAACAUAUUGUGGGGAUGAAUAUCUCAGGGUAGGUAAAGAGUUACUGAAAUUAUUUCCUCAAAGUCAGUAACUUUCUUUAAUAUCUACUAGUAAGAAUAAUGUGUUGGAAACUGAUUUCCAAAAUCUCAUUGGACUAUGAUAAUGAGCAUACACAAUCAAGCUUAAGGCUGAAUGAUAAAUACUGUCUCAUGUAUACUUUCAAUACACAUUUGAUUUCUUUUAAAAAAUAAAUCUAUUUUUCCUUA